AUGAAGACUUAUGUAUCUAUUCUGAUUAAAACUAUCAUCAUUGUUGACUUUCUUGGCCAGAUCAGAUGCUAUGAAGAAGAUGAAGCACUGAAACAAGUGUUUGGUCAAUGUUUUAAGAAACACCAAUUAAGUCUGGAAGCUAUUAUUAGUAUUGUGAGGCAUGUGCAUGUUCCUGAUGAUUAUGAAGUUAAGUGUUGGAUCAGUUGUGUAAUGAAGAAAAUGGGAAUGAUAAAUGAAGGUAAAAUUGACUGGGAGCAAUGUAAAAUACUUACUAAGCAAGGACUAACUGGAGAGGAAGAUAAAGCCAAGGUCGAUAAGAUUGCUGAGAUAUGCCAAUCUAAAUUUCCUCAAGAGGAAAAAGACGAGUGUCAGCUUGCAUAUUCUGCAGCACUUUGCAAGGUCGAGAGCUGGAAGGAGCUUGGUUUUAACAGACGUAUAAUAUUAACCCAAUUAGACUUCUUUGCUGUUACUUGUUCGAAGCUAUUGGUCGACGGGCCAGACACAGAAAAUUCGAUAUUCAUGACAUAA